AUGACACGUACUCAUGUGUUUUUGGUUGCAGUUGCAUACGCUUCCGCUCUCAUUGCUUCUUCCAUGGUUUCUGCCAGAGUCAUCGAAGACACGCUCCACGUUUCGAUCAUGAAUAUGAGUCGACUGUGCAGUGAACAACUAAUUCCUGUGGUAAAUAAAAGUCUACCUGGUCCAAUCAUAGAAGCUCGAGAGGGUGAUGCCAUUAUUCUCCAUGUUCUUAAUGAUUCACCUUACGAGCUGACCAUUCACUGGCAUGGAAUUCAUCAAUUAUUAAGUUGUUGGGCUGAUGGAGCAACUUAUGUAACUCAAUGUCCAAUACUACCUGGAAAUAACUACACAUACAAAUUUACAAUCAGAGAGCAAGAGGGAACCAUGUGGUGGCAUGCCCACCAUCAAUGGUUGCGAGCAACGUUGUAUGGGGCAUUCAUCAUCCGCCCAAAAGGAGGCCGACCAUACGCUUAUAAUGUUACUCCAUAUGAGGAAGUUGUCAUUGCCUUAGGGGAGUGGUGGAAUGCUAAUGUUGUGGAUGUGGAGAUGGAAGGACUUGCUACUGGCGGCGGAUUUAAUAAUUCUGAUGCCUUCACCAUUAAUGGCCUCCCAGGCGAUCUCUAUCCUUGCACCUCCCAAAAUGAAACAUAUGAGCUCAAAGUGGUGCAAGGAAAGACGUAUCUGCUACGUAUUAUCAAUGCUGCACUCAAUAACCAGCUCUUCUUCAUGAUAGCCCAUCACAGCUUUACAGUUGUCGCCGUCGACUCUUCCUAUACCAACCCAUGCAAAACAGACGUCAUCCUCGUGGCCCCUGGCCAGACCACUGACGUUCUCCUCAUAGCCGACCAAUCGCCAGGAACUUACUACAUGGCAGCCAGAGCUUACGCCAGCGCCGCCGGCGUCCCCAUAGAUAAUACCACCACCAGGGCCAGACUCGUCUACGACGGCGCAAACGACGCCCCAUCAACCCCGCCGAUGCCUCGCCUUCCUGACUACAACGACACAGCCACCGCCCACAGGUUUUACAGCAACCUGACCGCGCUUUUAACGGCACCGUUUCGGUAUCCCGUCCCCACCCACGUGGACCACCACAUGUUCAUUGCCUUCGGAUUCGGCCUCUACCCGUGCGGGGAGAAUGCCACGUGUGAAGGCCCUUUCGGGCAAAGAUUGGCGGCGAGCAUGAACAAUAUUUCGUUUGUGUUUCCCAGUCGACAGUCAAUACUAGAAGCCCACUUUUAUGGACUCAGUGGGGCCUAUGACGUGGGUUUCCCUAGUCAACCCCUGAGGAUCUUUGACUACACCAAUACCAGCCUUAGCUUGGAUAGGUCAUUGCUCAUGACCAAUAAAUCCACGAUCGUCAAGGAGUUCGAGUUUAACUCGACGAUCGAGAUUGUGUGGCAAAACACUGCCUUGGUUACCAUAGAAAACCACCCUAUGCACAUCCAUGGCUUUGACUUCCAUGUGAUGGCUCAGGGGUUUGGAAAUUACGAUCCGGAAAAUGACCCCGUCAAGUUCAACUUGAAGGAUCCGCAGAUUCGUAACACCAUCGGUGUUCCGGCUGGAGGAUGGGCUGUCAUCAGAUUUCGAGCAAAUAAUCCAGGUUCAUGGCUGGUGCAUUGCCAUUUAGACUCUCACUUGCCUUGGGGAUUAGCUGGUGUAUUCAUUGUCAAGAAUGGAGGCACCAAUGCUUCGACACUGCCUCCACCUCCCAAAGAUCUUCCCUCUUGUGAAGCAUGACAAAACCAUUGAUCUCAAGAAUGG